AAUUGAGUUGUGAAGGUGGCGGGGCUGUAAACACGCGGUGGGCUCCUCGCCGUCUCCAGCUGAUCCUCGCCGCCUCACCCAGCUGCCUUUUAGCCUCACCCAGCUGCCCCUAGCCUCACCCAGCUGCAGAUCUUAGACCUACGCAGCUGCUCCUAGCACCUCUUGUGAUAUAAUGGGGUCCAAGAGGAAGAAGAAGGGAGAGUCGGGAGAGGUUAAAAAAUACAUAACGAGAAAUGGUGCAGUCAGAAAGUUACAGCUUUCCCUUCGAGAUUUCCGGCGGAUAUGUAUUCUGAAGGGAAUAUAUCCACGUGAACCUAAGAACAGGAAAAAGGUGCAGAAAGGAAACUCCCAAAUUAAGACUCUCUACUAUUUGAAGGACAUUCAGUUUCUUCUUCAUGAACCUAUUAUCUGGAAGUUCAGAGAGCACAGGGCAUUCAUGAAUAAAAUACGCAAAGCGAAAGCUCGAAGAGAUACUGAAAAGGCUGAUAGGCUCCAUGGGCAGAAGCCCAUUUAUAAAUUGGAUCACAUUGUACAAGAACGUUACCCGACCUUUGUUGAUGCCCUACGAGACUUGGAUGAUCCCCUCACCCUUUGCUUUCUCUUCUCAAAAAUGGCAAGAACGCAGCGAACACAUCAAAGUGUGUCUGAAAUGUGUCAUAGGUUGACAAUAGAGUUCAUGCAUUAUGUUAUUGAGGCCCAUGCUCUGCGGAAGGUGUUCAUCUCCAUAAAAGGUUAUUACUAUCAAGUGGAAAUAAUGGGUCAAACAGUCACUUGGAUUGCUCCACAUCCAUUCACUCCACAGAAUGCAACUCUAGUUGAUCUUCGCAUCAUGAGAGUGUUUGUUGAAUUCUACAUAACACUGCUGGGUUUUGUUAAUUUCCGACUGUAUCAUAGUUUGAACCUCCACUACCCUCCCAAGCUUCGGGACAUGGUGAAAAGUGAAGUGGAGGAGGGAGAAUAUGGAAUAUCUGAUCAAGUAGCAUCAUUGAAUGCACCCCUGUUAAGAAACAAGGUAGAAGACAAUGAUGAGGAUGAGGAUGGCAUUGACACUCACCUUCUGGAGGAUGAUGAUAAUCAGAUGCAAGCAGCACAAGAGGAAGAGUUGAAGAGGAAACAACAACAGUCUCUUUUCAAGAACUUUAAGUUCUUCUUAAACCGUGAAACAAACAUAGAGUCUCUUACCUUUGUCAUCAGAGCCUGUCAAGGAGAGGUUUCCUGGGAAGAGAGUUUAACAGAUGGAAGCACAUACCCUGUGACAGAUGAGUCAAUUACACAUCAAAUUGUUGAUAGACCACACAUUGAACGGAAGUAUUUGUCAAGGUAUUACAUUCAGCCACAGUGGGUGUAUGACUGCAUCAAUGCCCGUAUUCUCCUCCCAGUUCAAGAUUACUUCCCUGGGGUAACUCUUCCUGCCCAUCUCUCGCCCUUCGACAUAGAGAAAGAGUUGUAUGUUCCACCCGAAAAAGAGCAACUCUUGGCUCGACAAAAAGGAGAUUUGCCUCUUGAGCAGCCCCUUACAAUGGAGGACAGUGACGAUGAAGACAGCGAGGAGGACGUUAAAGAAAGCGAGGCAGUAGUAUUGAAGCCAGUGAAAAGUAAACCCAUUAAAGGUAAAAAGGAUAAUGCAAAACAAAAAGAGAAGGUUGAUGCAAAAUCAGAAGAGAAGGAUGAAUCAAAAUCAGAAGAGAAGGAUGAUGGAAAACCAGACGAGAAGGAUGCUGCAAACUCAGAAGAGAAGGAUGCUGCAAACUCAGAAGAGAAGGAUGGUGUUAAGGAAGUGAAAGAAACCGCAACGACAGAAUUGCCUCGUCGUCGAAAGAAAAUGGCCGUGCGCCCUGGUUACCCAGCAACCGUUAAAAAAGCUGUUGUAGAGAAGCAGGAAAAAGAGGAGAAAAGGUUAGCAGUCAUGAUGAUUCCAAGAAAACAAAAGAAAAUGUAUCACAUCCUUAGAAGGAAAGAACAGAGGCAGGCUGCAAAGGCUGCUCGACUGACCCAGAAGAGGAAAGUCAUUGAUGACCAAAAUAAAGACAAGAAAACGAAAACAGUAGAGAAGGGUCAUAAGAAAUUAGCUAAAUGAUUUCUCUUGUGUACUCUACAUCAGUGUUAAUUUUUACAUGAAAAUAUACCUUUAAUUGACCAUUACAUAGCAUCUUACUGUUAAUAAUUGAGUAUAUGGUAUAUACAUUUACAAUGUACUGUAUGCAAUGACAUUCUAUUUUAAUAAACUAUUGACAAAA